UGAAGCCGUCACAGCCCAUCUUGAUCCUUGAUCUGAAGACCCGUAUAAUCAUCAAUGGCGAGUCCCAAGAAAUAUGGCUUGUUUAUACCAAAGAAGAAGGCAACUAUUAAGGGUCUCCAGAAGAGGUCCGCUGCAGUUUCUGCUGUGUUUGGAGAUAACAGCGAUGACGAUGACGAGGCUAAGGCAAGAGCUGCCGUGAACGAAUCAGUGAAGAGAGAGGCAGUCAAAAAGCAGCAGUUGAAACAGACUCGCCUUGAUAUACAAAAAGCUCUUGGUGAAGAUCCUAGUGUUUAUGAUUAUGAUGCUGUAUAUGAUGAAAUGCAAGAGAAGAGGAAAGCUGCUCAAGAUGCAAAACAAGACAAGAGCAAAAAACCCAAGUAUAUUACAAAUCUUCUCAAAACAGCAGAACAAAGGAAGCGUGACUUUGAAAGAAUGCUCGAAAGGAAAGCACAGAGAGAACGAGAGAAAGAAGGUGGGAUGUACGAUGACAAGGAGGCGUUCGUAACCGAAUCAUUCAAGAAGAAGAUGCAACAGCUUGCUGAAGAUGAAGAGAGAGAAAGAAAACAGGCAGAAAUUGAUGCUGUGAAUGAUGUGAUGAAGCAGAAAGAUCUCAGCAGCUUUUAUCGUAAUCUACUUGCUCAAAAUAUGUCGAAGGCUUCUUAUAACGUUGUUGCUAUUGACGAUAAGAAUGAGGAAACUAACGAAAUGAACAAUAAAGAGAGGGAAAACUCAGACAGCAACGGAGUCGAUGCUAGAAAGGAGGAGGACAGUGGUGUGACACGACAGGUUGAAUUGCCCAAUAGAGAAGAAAGCAGUAGUAAGGAAGAGAGUGCAGGGUCUGAUGAUGAUGAUCAAGAUGAAGAAGAUCGAGAUGAAAUAGAACACAAGAAUGAAAGUCAAACGACGGACGGUGAUAGAGUAGAGUAUGGAGAAGAGAAGAAACAACCUCUUGUGGAAGAAGACGAGACUCAUCAUGCCAGUAAGAUAGUCAGAAGAAACACAGACACUUCAGUGGCUGCAGCGCGUGAAAGGUAUCUUGCUCGCAAGUUGGCUGCUGCCAAACAGAGUCAGGCUCGAGAUUUGAUUAAUAAAUUAAAUUGAAAUGUG